GUGGACGUUGUGCUAACGAAAUCUAUAGGUCUUGUAGACGAGACAAAUUUAUCAAUGUGUAAUGUACACAAUAUUAAUAUCAUUCAUUUUGAGAGCUUUUAUAUUUAAUAGCGCCCUGGGUGACGGGAAGCAAUCGAAGCAAAGAUAAGUGCGUUUCGUGACGAGUGAAAAUUUGCAAUCAUUAUGUUGAUUAAACCCGAAUGGACGACUUUUCGAGCUUCGUGCCCAUUUCUAGUUUUUCUUCGAUGCUCCUCGUAUGUUGACUUGUGCAAGUGGAUUUCAGAACUGUAGGAACGCGGCAAAGCUGAGAGAUCUGGACGCCUUUCAGUAUGUCUGACUCUGGAGAACUGCAUUCGCCUUCGGCGAAGAUAACUCGUCGAUCACUGUCAAAAAAUCCCAAAGGUAGAAAUUUGGAGAGUACAUUCGAAGCGAAAAGUCACGGCGAUCGCCUAAAUCAGGAGAAAAAAAUCAACAGCGCAGAAGCGAUGGAACGUGAGGAUAGCUACAGUUGUAAGCCACAUUCGUUUAAUAGGAAAACUACAGAUAAACAAUCAAAAGCAUAUCUGAAACGGAAGCGUGAUUCUGCGCCAGGCAGUUCGGGUAAAAGCCUAUCAAACGAAGAGCUGGAGACCGAUCCCGACGUUCUUAUGCGACGACAAAAGCAAAUAAAUUUUGGCAAAGCGACCGCCGGAUACAAGAGAUAUGUCGAGAUGGUACCUCGUGAAAAGCGUACGUCGUUGCAUCCCCAGACACCCCGGAAAGAGCUUAAGUACAGCCGGCGCUCUUGGGAUAUGCAGAUUAAGCUAUGGCGGCGCGCUCUACACGUCUACGAUCCAUUAGAAAAUGAGCAUAGGUCGGAAAGUUCUGAAGAAAAUAACACUCAGGGAUCGUCUGGAGAAGACAUUAAAAAAGAAAUUUCUAAGGAAAAUAGGCCACGUAUCACACUGAAUUAAUAUAGAUGGUUGAUGUCGAAAAUUGGUACAAGAGAUUGAUUCAGCUUUAUGACUCAAUGUUUUAUUUGUUCAACAGUGUCGUGUAGAGAACGACAGAUAAACUGUAAGCUGGUUUUAUUGGCUUGGCCAGUUUGGUAAACAGAAUUUUUUUCACACCAGGCACGAACGGACUCAGAUCAAAAACCUUGCAGCGAAUUUUGUCAGAAAUAUAUGCCUAUAUGAAAAUUCAGUCGCUACAUUGGUGGAGUGGUUUUAUGAAGGGAUGGUUAGAGCUUCGCAUUUAAAGGGACUAAUUUUCGAUGUGCUUUUUUCAAAUGUUGUAUCUGCUAAAUUCAUUUUUAUUAAAGCAUCUUGAUGAAUCCUUA